ACGAUUCUAAGGCAAUCGUAUCACGGGAUUUAAUAUAUGAAGCGUACGCUUCUCAUAGCAGAGUGAUAAAUUUAUUGAUAUUAUAUAAUAAUUGAUUAACUUUCAACUUAAUUGAACAAAGUGUGAGUGAAAUGGUUGAGAGAAACGUUAGAGUAUAAUGCGGUGCGGUGUCGCGUAUAUUUCGGUUUAUCGGUCUAUUGGUCUAUCGGUCUGUCGGUCUAUCGAAGGAGACCAGGCAGCGUGGCGGAGAGCGCGAGCUCGGAGCGCGAGGAUAUGGGCGGUGCGGGCGGCUGGCAGCGUGACGCGCCCGCGCUGCUCUCCACGGCGCUGCUCCUGGGGGGCGCGAGCUGCACGGCCGGCUCGGGGGCGCUGCUUGACCGUCCGCCGCCGCCACUCUUCACCAUCGACAGCAUCCUGGCACCACGGCCACCGCCACCCAUACCGCCGCUGCAACUCCACCACCUAGCCCAUACUCCCUUCCAUAGAGCGCACGAACUUUUUGGCGUGAGCAGUGCAGUGUCUCAGGCAGGAAGCUACGCGGGCUUGUACGGUGGGUACGCGGCGGCGGCGCUAGCGGGUCUCUCGGGCCCGCCGCCGAAGCGCAAGAGGCGCCAUCGCACCAUCUUCACUGAAGAACAGCUGGAACAGCUGGAGAGCACCUUCGAUAAGACCCACUACCCUGAUGUAGUUCUCAGAGAACAACUCGCCUUACGAGUCGACCUCAAGGAAGAGAGAGUUGAGGCGGAAAGUUUAGAAGAGGUAAACGGAUCCGAGUCAAUAGAGCUGACGUGA